AUGGCUAGGCAGCCACAAAAACGAUAUCGAGGUGUCCGCCAGAGGCAUUGGGGUUCUUGGGUCUCCGAAAUUCGCCACCCUCUACUGAAGACCAGAAUAUGGCUAGGCACAUUUGAGACAGCAGAGGAUGCAGCACGAGCAUACGAUGAAGCAGCAAAGCUCAUUUGCGGACCAAAAGCACGAACCAAUUUCCCAUACAAUCCCAAUGAUCAGUCUCAACCAAAUUCAUCUAAGCAGCUUCUCUCAGCAACUUUGAAAGCCAAGCUACACAAAUGUCACCUGGCAUCCCUGCAAAUGGCCAAAACAUCUGUAGAGAUCAAAGAGCCCCAAGAUGCACAGUGCUGCACCCAUUUCUCCUCCAGUACUACUACUAAUUAUAUUGGCAUUGGUGCAGGAAAAAGUGGGGAGAAUGGUUGUAGAAAGGGUCAAGUAGUACUGGAGAGUAGUACUACUGACGUUCAUGAUCAGCAGUUAAAACCUCUUGAAGAUGAUCAUAUAGAGCAAAUGAUUGAGGAGUUGCUUUACUACGGCUCGAUUGAGCUUUGCAACGUCGCUCCAACAUAG